AUGAUUAAAACCUCAAAUAUCUUACUGAUUGGAGGCGGAGGGCUUGGUGUUAUUGCUGCCUUGAGCCUCGAGGCCAGUUCAAGGGCCAAAGUGACAGCUGUAUUGCGUUCAAACUACGAAACUGUCAGUGCGAAUGGGUACAAAAUCAGUUCAUGUGAGUAUGAAUGGAUUCAAUAUCGAGAGGGAAUACAGGGAGCGAUAUCAGGCAAUAUCGUCCUAUCUGGCAUCAGCUUUGCCGGUUCGCAAGAGACAAGACCAGGCUGGAUCCAACAUACGAGCCACGAUCAUUUACUUGUUGGCGCCUUUCCGAGUCCAGAGAUCAACAAGACAUGCGGUGAGGCCGCCGCAAAGAGUUUUGUCUCAUUAUACGCAGCUUCAGGAAAAGCCUCGUGCUACUACAUGGCCGAUACCAUGAGACAGAGAUGGAGAAAGCUUGUUUACAAUGCUACAGUAAACCCACUUUGCGCCAUCACUAACCUUGACUCUGGUUCUCUCCGCCAAGGAAGUCCAGCGAUGGGAAAGGUAAUACAGGCUGCCAUGGAAGAGAUCAUGGCUGCUGCAGCUGCAGCUGGACACAGACUCCCCUUAGAAACUGCCCAGGAGUUAUUGGGUGACGGCGCUGUGGACGAUAACUUUGAGCCCAGUAUGCUCCAGGACGUCAGAAAGGGAAACUCAAUCGAGUACGAAUAUCUAGUGGGGGAACCAAUGCGUGAAGGGCUUCGACUUGGGGUUCCGAUGCCGACUAUCUCGAUGAUUUACUCGCUUUGCCAAGCUGUACAGAGCGGAAUAAUGCAACGACGUAAAUCGGUUUAA